AGAUCUGGUAGGAUAGAUUCAUAUCAGAAUGAGAAAUUCAUGCGCGGUUGUCGCUUCCUAGAGGCUGAGCUUCAAGACAUGGACCGAAUUUUAGCUGGCAGGAAACCAUCGAUCAGAUUAGGUGCAAACAUGCCAGCAAGAGCAGAAAGAAUGGUCCGGAGAAGCGAUUUUGAUCAGUAUUCAUCAGGAGGAGCCAGUUAUCCAUCUCACGGUGAGAUGUACGAAGUGGUUCUCUACUUUGGAGUCAUUGACAUCUUGCAAGACUACGACAUAACCAAAAAGAUCGAGCAUGCAUAUAAGUCACUACAAGCUGAUCCUGCUUCCAUCUCAGCGGUUGAUCCUAAACUCUAUUCCAAGAGGUUCAGAGACUUCAUCAGUAGGAUCUUCAUUGAAGACGGCUAAAAAAGAUAAGAAGGCUAAGAAUUUAUAACUAACAUUCUCGGCUGUUUUUGCUCAACGGAAAUGUGAUAAAAAGCUGACUCGAGAAGGGUAAAAAAAAA